AUGCCUCAUCGAACGACUUACUUCUUCCCAAGGCAAUUCGAGAACCGUGGAUUCGAUGAAUCAUCAAAGUUUCUGUUGGAUCACGAGAAGAAGAUUAACAGAGACACCUCUAAUGGCAUUGACAGUGACCAGCGGAAGAAAGAGUCAAAUAUUUCAAAGGAGGUCACAUUUGGCGGUGGUGAAAAGGACUCGAUUUCAACUGUAGCUGAUCGCUUCACGGGCGAUAAAAUUCACGAAAAGCAAUUAGCCACUUUCGUCAAUUGGUUGCAAGAAAAAAGAGGAGAGAGGUCAACUCACGUGAAAAUCAAGUUAAAUCACCGUGACGACGAUCAUGAUAAUGAUCAUGAACAUUUACUUCCGCCGACGACUGUGGAAUCAACGGCCGGUACCGGUGAAGAAAACCGUUAUGUUCCCCAUGUGACGUUGCAGAAACAGUCGAUUGGUGGUGUGAGAAGCACUGAGGUGACUGGUACUACUAAAGCGCGGGGGUUCGAUCGGCAAGGGUCAUUGCAGAGGCUGCCGAGUGGGAGUAGUUAUGCGGGUAGUUGGUUUUCGGGGACGACAUUGGAUGGAAAUUGGUCGAGUGGUGUCAAGGAUUCGCAGGUGUCGACGACGAUCGAAGAGGAGGAGAGUGGUAGGAGUAAUUUGGCCCAGAGGUCGAGGGAGAGCUAUUACUUGCUGCUCACGAUUGCUAAACGGCUCACUGAGGAAGCAACGAUUGCCAGUGAGCCUAUGCUUCUCCAAGACUCUGGAAAGGUGGGCCUUGGUGGAUCUUCUGAUGCAGAAAUUGUCUCCUAUCGACUCUGGGUAAGUGGUUGCUUGUCAUAUACUGAUAAGAUGUCAGAUGGAUUCUACAAUAUUUUGGGAAUGAAUCCAUACUUGUGGAUGAUGUGCAAUAACUUGGAGGAAGGUAAGCGACUGCCAUCUUUGGCGGCACUUAAAGCUAUGGAGCCCAGUGAUACACUGUUGGAGGUGGUUCUUGUUGAUAGACGAGGGGACGCACAGCUUAGGGAGCUAGAAGAUAAAGCACAAGAAAUCUUUUUUACUGCAGAAAAUACCUUAGCAUUAGCAGAGAAACUUGGCAGACUUGUUGCUGACCAUAUGGGGGGCUGUUUUCCAGUGGAGGAAGGUGAUGUCCACAUGCGCUGGCAAUUGGAUAGAAAGAGAUUGGCUGAUAUACAGAAGUGCGUUGUGCUCCCAAUUGGUAGCCUAUCUGUGGGACUUUGUAGGCAUCGUGCGAUUCUAUUCAAGAAAUUGGCUGACUAUGUGGGUUUGCCUUGUCGGAUAGCUCGAGGGUGCAAGUAUUGUGCGGCAGACCAUCGAUCAUCCUGUUUAGUGAAAGUUGAGGAUGACAGAAAGUUCUUGAGGGAAUUUGUAGUAGACUUAGUUGGGAAACCAGGAAAUGUCCAUGGGCCAGAUUCCUCAAUCAAUGGAGUUGUAUUUUGUUCGAUGCCUUCACCAUUUCAGAUUUCUCAUCUAAAAGAAUUCCAACAAUCUUACGUGGAUGAUAUAUCAUGUUGUCAAUUCCCCUACUCAAAGCAAACAUGUGCUCCUCUCGAAGAGCGUCUAUAUGCAGGCAGUAAGGAGGAUCAUUUAAAUGAUGAUUUUGGCUUGCUUGAAAAUCCAAAAGAGGCUUUAUACAGUCCAAUUGAUCAACGUGGAGGAGGUGAACUGCCUGAAACUCUGGAUGCUGCGACUGUUGCUGCUGGAAUAGUACAUGAAUAUUCAAAACCUCGAGGGGAAAAAAUUGUUAUUCGACAGACUUGCAAAAAAGAGGGGGUGAUGGCGAGUGGCCCAGUUGUAAGCACUGCGGUCAAACAUCAUGAUAAAGUACCCUCUAGUAAAUCAGAUUCAAUGGAGGUUAGGAGUCGAGGUGAGCAUCGAAGGAUAUUUCCUGCUCCAACCAUUCCAAGAUACUUGAAUCUCGAGCCUUCUCUUGCAAUGGAUUGGCUUGAGAUCUCAUGGGAUGAAUUACAAAUAAAGGAGCGUAUCGGUGCUGGAUCGUUUGGAACAGUGCAUCGGGCUGAGUGGCAUGGAUCGGAUGUUGCAGUCAAGGUUUUAAGCACGCAGGAUUUUCAUGAUGAUCAGUUGAAGGAGUUCCUGAGGGAGGUUGCAAUAAUGAAACGCGUCCGACAUCCAAAUGUAGUUCUUUUCAUGGGUGCUGUUACAAAUCGUCCGCAUCUGUCAAUAGUGACAGAAUAUUUACCCAGAGGUAGUCUAUACCGCCUCAUACACAAGCCAGCCGCUGGGGAAAUGUUGGACCAGAGAAGGCGGUUACGCAUUGCUCUGGAUGUGGCCAAGGGGAUCAAUUAUCUUCAUUGUCUGAACCCACCUGUGGUUCACUGGGAUCUUAAAUCUCCAAAUUUGUUGGUUGAUAAAAAUUGGACUGUGAAGGUAUGCGAUUUUGGUUUGUCAAGAUUUAAAGCCAACACAUUCAUGUCGUCAAAGUCUGUUGCUGGAACACCUGAGUGGAUGGCUCCUGAGUUCCUUCGUGGAGAGCCCUCGAAUGAGAAGUCUGAUGUUUACAGUUUCGGAGUAAUUUUAUGGGAGCUUGUGACCAUGCAGCAGCCUUGGAGUGGACUUAGCCCUGCCCAGGUGGUUGGAGCUGUUGCUUUCCAAAACAGAAGGCUCGCCAUCCCCCAGAACAUCUCUCCAAUAUUGGCUUCCCUCAUGGAAUCUUGUUGGGCCGAAGACACUGAUCAGCGGCCCUCUUUUGCUAGUAUUGUUGAGACACUUAAGAAGUUACUGAGGUCUCCACUGCAGCUGAUACAGAUGGGAGGAUCAUAG